AUGCCGGCAACGCAAGCUAAGACAACUGAUCGUCCGGAGUAUACCCUUCUCCCAUUCACGUCCGCAGAGGCCCCAUCGAAGGCUUCACCAGCAAACACCACUGAGCCUUCAGAUCAGAAGUGGAUCUCGACCAAUGACGCUCUUUCCGCACAACUAUGGCGGACAGUAAUGGCCGUGCAGUGGCCUCUGGAAAAUCAAGAUGGUGACCUCAUCUCAACUUUCAACAUCGCCAUCGAUGGACGACAGCGAACAGAUCCGAAAGUCUACCCUCAUACAAUGGGAUGCUUUCUAGAAUACGUCGCCAUCAAAGCCCUCGUCCGAAAGAUGCUCGAACAUCUCAACAUAGCCGAUCUCGCAGGUUUUUUCCGCAAGGCAAUCCACAAAGCUGACAAACGAUCCAUGGAUGAUGUCGCAACUCUCAUCAAGAAGACUGAAGAUGUCGACCGAUUGCUUCCUACUGCUUUCUUGGAUGUCCCUAGCUUCAACUGCGUGCAGACUUCGUUGUUGAGAUUUGAGCUUUACGGUAUUGAUUGGGGAUCACUGCUGGGACAGAAUAUUGAUGCCAUGCGAGUGCCUCAUGUUGGUACUAUCAAUGGCCUUCAGGUCGUGCUUCCUGUGUUGCCGAGUGGUGGAACGGAGGUCAUGGUUGGAGUGGAAAAGAGUUUGUUGGAAAGGCUCUUGAAUGAUCAUCCCCUGUUCACCAAAAAUGGAGCCGCUCGAUAG